AUGUUUCCCGCUAAGCUUGUACCAAUUGUUUUGGGCUGGAUUGUGGGAACUGCAUUCAUCGGGCCAUGCGUGGCCCCCCGAAUGACUUUCAAGGCCGGCGACUGCACCUACAACAGAUCGGUUUUCUCCAACUUUACUAUCCAAAUAAUCAAGACCAAGGUGAUGAUGGACAUGAUUUUGAUCACCACCCUGCGGCAGGGCCUGAAGGCGCAUCUGAGCUUCGAGUUCCGCUUGUCCAAGGGCAAACCGUACCAGAGUGUCUAUCAGCACGACAUGAACUACUGCGCUUUAAUCAAGGGAGCCCAGGAGUCGAUCUAUCGGCGAUGGUUUACGUCCAUGCUGAAGGUGGGAAACUUUGCCACGAGCUGCCCCAUCCAAGGGGGUUACUAUUACCUGCAUGGCUGGACCCUGGACGCCAACUAUGUGCCCUCCUUCCUCUACCUGGGUGACUACCGAAUCGGCGGAUCGUUCUUCUACGGCAGGUUCAAGAAGCAGAAUCCCCUGCUGGAGUGCAAUGUGGAAGCCGUGCUGAACUGA